GGGGGAAGGGAGCCCGAUAAUGGCGGCCAAGAGUAGAGAAGGCAGCGGCGGCGACUCUGAGACACCUUGACCUUGAAGAUGGUGAGUAGCCAGCCAAAAUACGAUCUAAUACGGGAGGUUGGCCGUGGCAGCUAUGGUGUGGUAUAUGAAGCAGUGGUGAGGAAGACCUUGGCACGUGUUGCAGUGAAAAAGAUUCGGUGCCAUGCUCCGGAGAACGUAGAACUAGCCCUGCGUGAGUUUUGGGCGCUUAGCAGCAUCAAGAGCCAACACCCAAACAUAAUCCACCUGGAAGAAUGCGUCUUGCAAAAAGACGGCAUGGUGCAGAAGAUGUCCCAUGGGUCCAGCUCCUCUCUUUAUUUACAGCUUGUAGAGACCUCCUUGAAAGGUGAAAUUGCCUUUGAUCCCAGAAGCGCCUACUACCUUUGGUUUGUGAUGGAUUUCUGUGACGGGGGUGAUAUGAAUGAAUACCUCCUGUCCCGAAAGCCCAGCCGCAAGACCAAUACCAGCUUUAUGCUUCAGCUCAGCAGCGCCCUGGCUUUCCUGCACAAAAACCAGAUCAUUCACCGUGACCUCAAGCCUGACAACAUCUUGAUCUCUCAAAGCAGGAUGGAUGCCAGUGACUUGGAACCUACCUUGAAAGUAGCUGAUUUUGGGCUAAGUAAGGUUUGUUCGGCUUCAGGACAAAACCCCGAAGAGCCUGUGAACGUAAACAAAUGUUUUCUUUCUACAGCUUGUGGCACAGACUUCUACAUGGCCCCCGAAGUUUGGGAAGGUCACUACACUGCCAAAGCAGACAUCUUUGCCUUGGGGAUUAUAAUCUGGGCGAUGUUGGAAAGGAUCACUUUCAUAGACACAGAAACAAAGAAAGAAUUGUUGGGGAGCUAUGUGAGGCAAGGGACCGAAAUUGUGCCUGUCGGAGAGGCGUUGCUAGAAAAUCCGAAAAUGGAACUGCUCAUUCCCGUAAAGAAAAAGACCAUGAAUGCUCGUAUGAAACAGUUGAUUAAGGAAAUGCUUGCUGCAAAUCCACAAGAUCGCCCAGAUGCUUUUGAAUUGGAACUCCGGUUAGUCAAAAUUGCUUUCAAAGACAGCAGUUGGGACACGUGACCUCUGGAGGACUUUGACCUCUUGGCAGAGUUGGAGCUGUAACAAUGGUGCAACUUUUUGUGGAGAAAAAUCCAGACCAACCUAAAUUCAAGGU